CCAGAAUUUUGCCACCUCCUCCUAGGCCGUCCCCUAAUACUGGCUUGCGCGAGGUAGGAUGUCCCAGCGUGCGAAAAUUCGUCCGAAAGCUCACUGUACUUGACUCGCAAGUUCUCGCAAGUUACCCCGUAUUCGCGCUCGAACUCAUUCGGAGUCGAAAGCUAACAGAGGCAGGAACGACUGCAUCUCGCUUGUAUCGAAACAAACACCGAACUUUUUAUCGUUAUGACUUUACGCAUUGUUAAUAGCCGUUUCAUAUUCGUUUAUGUUCAGUAACUACAAUUUUAUACGUAUUGACAUUUGACAAGUUCUUCUACAUUUUUUCUAAUACUGUGUAAUUUAAUUGUUUUCGUUAAGUGUUUUUGUUAGCAGACUGUGUUUUGGUGCCCGAGAAGACAAACUUUCGUCAAAAUUAAGGGGUAUAGACGGGGAUAGAUCGUAAUUUGAAAAUCAGGCAAUGACAUCUGCAGUCCAAACUAUAUCGAAUAGGUCAACUCUUCGACGCUUCAGACCUUCCUUGGUGAAAUCUCGGCCUAACGGCCUUAUGAUGACGAUGGAUGUGUCGAAGACUGAGGCAACGAAAUCAACGCCUGGGCAGACGUCUCAAGAGUGUGCAGGAUGUCUUAAACCUAUUACUGAACGAUUUCUACUCAAAGCUCUCGACAUGUUUUGGCAUGAAGACUGUCUCAAAUGUGGAUGUUGUGAUUGUAGACUUGGUGAAGUUGGUUCAACCUUGUAUACCAAGGCGAAUUUAAUUUUAUGCAAACGAGACUAUUUAAGACUUUUCGGUAAUACCGGUUAUUGUGCCGCCUGUUCAAAAGUUAUACCUGCUUUCGAAAUGGUCAUGAGAGCUAGAAGUAACGUGUAUCAUUUAGAAUGCUUUGCAUGUCAACAAUGUAAUCAUAGAUUUUGUGUUGGAGAUCGAUUUUAUUUAUGUGAGAAUAAAAUCCUUUGCGAGUAUGAUUAUGAAGAGCGACUAGUUUUUGCAAAUAUGGCUUACAAUCCCCCGCCCUUGUCUCAUCUUAAACGACAAACUUCUAUACCUCCGGUAUCUCUUCCUAAUCAUCUUAUUAAUGGCCAUCGCCCGCUUGUACCAUCAUCGAAUGGAGAUUUAAACAACAAUAUGGGAUCUGGUCAACCCCCACCCAGCUCAAUAGCAAAUCAAAAUUUUCAAAAUGUUGGCCAUUUAAAAAGCGGAUCGCUCUCAUUAGGAGCUGCUAGCUGAAGAAAGUAUUAGUUACUGUGAUUUAACUUUUUAAUUUGUUGUUACUUUGUUUAAAAAAGAAUUGGAUGAACAGAUAUCAAGUCUCUCGAAUAAUAAUGUGAAAAUAAAUCUAUCGAAAUGGUUUUCCUUCUUUUCAUGUAGAAAAUAUUGUAGCAACAGCAAGGAUUUAAUAAAAAAUAAUACAACAAGAACCAAAAUGACGGAAGCACAGAUACUUCUGAAAAUCAAAUUUAUAAGCAAGCUUCAGUCUUUGCAAUGGGACUCCCAUUCCUUUUUAGCAGAUUUAUUUACAGGCAGUUCCGGAAAUAAAUUCUUGGGGAUUGGGAUCAAUUGGUCGUAAGUAAAUUGGUCGAAUUUUUAGAAGAAAGAAUAUAUCAACCUGGCAUAUAAAAUAAGGCGAUGUCAGAUUGAAUUAAUUUUGAGAGAAAUGAAGUAUCCCUUAAAAAAUAGGUGUAAAGUAUAUUGGCAGAACUAAGAGUAGAAAAUGCUCAUCCAAUUCUUCCGUAUUUGUCAUAGACUGUAUAUAGUAAAAUAGGUUGUAAAUUAAUGCUCAAAAUGUAUACCACUAUUAAAAGAUGUGCAAUAUCAUGUGUUAGAGUUUUCAGACAUUCCACUAUUGAUAACUAGUUCCUUCAAUAAAAACAUUCAAUAAAUCAGUGAAUGCACCAAUUUCGCUUUGUAUAUUGUCCAACAGUCUCUAGAAACUCGCUUUUUUUGUAUACAAGAUUUGAUUGAUUAUUCUUGCCAUAACACUGAAAAUUCAUAUCUCAAAUGAAAAUCACUUUAUCCAUUGAAAUAGUAUUUCAAACAGGAAAAUCAAUGUAUGAAAUAACUUUAAGAAAAAAAUUUUCAUCAAUAUACUAAUACAAUACUGAGUUUCAUAGUUCGUUUCAAGAUUUUUCGUCUUGACUAAAUGCGAAUCGACAAUAAUCUCUGAAAUCCGGGAAUUGUAAAGAAUAGAGUCGUAUUUACAAUUAGAUUCAUUAUUGUAAAGUAAAUAUUCCAACAUAAAAUUAUUGAAUUGUAUCCCAUCCAUCUCAUAUUUAUUUAAUUCUCACUUAAAUUAAUAUACGUUGAUAACCAAGGAGUUCACAGCAACAUUUCUAAUUAGGUAAGAAUCUUAAUUUCUUUCAAUGGAAAUAUUUACUGACGUAUUUCUCACCAAUUCUGCAACGUUUGCAGUUAACCCACGUGGAUUGUACAUAGUAUGGACGCAGUCACAAUCACAAAGUAUCAUCCGUAAUAUCACAAAAAUAUCUACUAUUUUCAAUAUCAAACGUUGCUAAUAUCAUUACAAGUUAAGCAAAAUUGUAGCUUUCCACAAAAUUCAUGUCACUACUCCACAAGUAUACUUACUUGAAUUUAUUUUUUAUAAUCUUUUCUGUUUGGUGUUCCAUUAAGUGUGGUGAUGUGCGUUUCCAGAAUAUUCGGAAGAAUUGAAACUAAUUUUCAGAAAAUUUAGCCUUGUUAUUCUAAUGGUAGCUCAAACUUGAAUCUUCAAUGCAUUUAGAAUCCAUCUUUCUUUUAUUCCAUCGACACAUCCUGAUGAGUUUUUUUCUUUUUUAUAAUUAUUCUGUUCGACAUUCUUUAAACAAAUGUAAUUAACCUUUAUUUCGAAUAUCAUGCGUGUAAACCCAUGUCUAAUAAAGAUAGGAAGAAUAUCAAUUUUCAAUUCUAUACUUUUUCAUGUCCAUUGAGUAUAUCCUUGAACUGUGUGCCUAUUAUUGCAUAUAUUUAAUUACUCUCAUAGUGUUAAAACUAGAUCUGCGAGAGAAUCAUGGAAGAACACACUAUGUUCGAUGUCGUUAAAUAAUCUUUUGCUCUUGGUAUAACAUAUAACAUUCUUCUCAAAUUCUUCUACACCUUUCUCAUUUCAUUUUAGCAUCUUUUAUUGCAUUUUAUAUCGAAUAAUCACCUAAUUAUACCGGGUUUGGUAAAAAUAGGCGGAACACCGAAUUUGUGGCUUAAUGAAAUAAAAUAUUUUUAAAGAUAUUAUGUCAUCUGGUAACAAUUUACAUGCAUUACCCUGUAUUUGUAAUUUUUUUUGAGUAAAUAUGAUAUUGCUGAGUUAUAAGUUAGAGUUAGAGUUAUAAAAGGCUUAGUGGGUCUCUGAUUUAUGGAUUAGGGUUCAACAGUAACAAAUUUAAUGGUAAGAUAAAAUCUUCAUUUAAUACAGAAUAAACAAUAAUUUAAAAUUCAUAUUUUCUAUUUAUAAUAGUUGAUUGAAGUGACGUUUGUAAUUUUGAAUCAUUUCAGGUGUUAUAACCUCUUUUCACCAAUCUCUGCGGAAAUACAAUGUUCAGAUAUUGUCUAACCCUAGCAGCAUAGUGAGGUGGCGUACCAUCGUGCUAAAUUUUGUACUGAUCUCGUAAGAGUUGUAAAUAUCUAUCACCAUUUUUUGUGUCUCUCAUGAAAAAGGAUCCAAUUAUUAUUCCUCUAUUUCACACCAAACGUGUAUAUUAUAUAUAACGUUCUUCCAUCCAAUGCUGAUAUUAUGCGGUCAAUAGCGGUAAUUAUGUUGAUUUCCAAAGACGUUAUCCAUAAAUGUAUUGUUCGCAUCAAGUUGAUUCAUAAUUGCUUCGCAAAACUUUAAUCGCUUCACGGAAUCAUCUUCAUUUCAUAAUACUUGAUAUAAUUGCACAUUAAGUAUCCUUCAAGUGACAUUUUUACAGAUCUUUCACUACGAUCGUUAUUUAAUAUAAGUUUUUAUAUUGAAUCUUUAAGCUUUUUCUGCAGACUUUGAAUUGCAUAGGGCUCAUUAUAUUGAUUUGUAACUGUUCUUUCAUUUCACAUUGCACAUUUUCAUUAAAUUUCCUCAAGUUUCGACACAAUGUAGAUUUCGAAAUACGAGAAAUUCUGUCAGGAUAUGUAUCAUUAAACAAAUCGGCGGCUUUUUCCACGAUUUCUCUAUCUCCAUAGCCAAAAAUCAACAAUAAAUGUAAAUCUUCCAUCUUCACUUAGUUACUUAGUUUCGAUAUCAUUAAUAGUGUAAUCAUUUCAUAUAUCAUGUAAAUUCAAUUGUGGUAAAUAAAAUAAAACAAACUGUAGUAUCGAAUUCAAUAUUGUUAUUCGAACGUACGUUUUCACAAGGAUAAAUUCGGAAUAAAUGUAAUUUGACACAAACUUUAAAAUUGAUAAAUAUUUUAGUCUGCCUGCGAUAAUUACUUAGGAGAUUAAUAUUAGAGUAACAGUUGACUUGAUGUUCAACCAUAAUACCAUAAGUCAGAGACGCACUAAACCAGAUGUCAGUAAAUUUAGCAUCAUAUCUACUGAAAAAAGUAUAAAUAUAAUAUAUUAACCGUUGACGUCACAUCUGGAAAAUGAGACACAGCAGAAAAUCUGCGAACACAAUGAGAUAGUAUACAAAAUAUACAAAAAAAUGUAUUUGAGACACUUUUUUAUAACUAGGCAGCAAAUUCGAAGCUCCAACCAUUUUUCCCGACCUCGUAUACUGAAAUUAUUGUUUGAAAUUAAUAGAUUCUGGGUAAAAAUAAUUAUUUUCAUAUUAUAUUAUAUGAUAAAUAUUCGUUUUACUAUUUAUUUUGGAUUACCAACCACUUCCCCAGGGAUUAUUACAGGUAACUAAUGUUUAUUGUAAAUAAAAAGAAAUAUCUUGGAACGAAUUAUACUUAUAUAUCGAGUUGAAAUUAUAAACGGAACGGCAUCCUAUUUUCGAAACGAUCGUAUAUGAACUUUUAUUUUGAAUGGAGCAGAAAAUAAAAUUUUUUGUUACUAUUUUCUUUAGAAAUAAUUUGAUUCAUUAAUGACACUAAAAUUUAUAUGUUGAAAAUAUAUUGAAAAUAUAUAUUGAAAAAAUAAUUUCACAAAUUGGUCAAGUUAUAUAUCAUUUCAGAAAACAGGAUGUUAGUAUUAAAUUUUAUUUUCAAAAUACCUAUAUAAAAACCUGACAAAAAAAUGAUUUUUCCAAAACCAUAGAUACUGUUUAAACUGAAGCUAAAAUGUACAGUUUGAUAAUUGCAUGAUUUUCUUCGUACCAAAAAAAAUAAUUCACUCCAAUUUCCCGACAACCAAAGAAUAACUAUUAAAUUUAUGAUAUUCCCAUUGAAAAUGACAAUUUUGUUUAAUACUUAUAUUGACAUGACAUAGUAAUGUAAAUUCAGUAUAUGAAAUAUUCUUGUACCAAUAUUUACCUUUGAUUAAUGUACCAAAGAGGACAAAAUAGUUAUUCAUACAGCCGUGAUGAAAUGUCAGUGUGUAGUUUUUAUUAAGAUUGUAUUUCCACGAGAGUUAUGUAAAAAUUUAGAACUAUUCCACAAUUCAAAUUGCAUUUCAAAAUAUUAGAUGAUGAAGAGAGAUGAAUGGAGGCAAUCUAGUAGAAAAUUAAAACGUAUUACUAUAAACUUAGAUAAUCCAGAGUUCUAACGCAUACAUUAUCUUCGGAGAUACGAGAAAAAUUUGAUGAUCAAAGUUCUAUGAAGCCAAGCCAUGAGUUAUUUAUAUAUAAGAAUCAUACCAUUAUAUUGCCUAUUGAAGACCAACAACCUGAAAUGAAAACUACCUUAACAAUUAUAAGUCCGUAAAAGUGAGCAACCGAGACACUAUCGUCCUUUCUAUUAAGACUUGAUUUGCAAAGCUAUUAAUGCUAACACCAAUUUUUUUUCACAAACUAGUGUCAUAUGCUUCUUUACUGAUUAGCAUCUUUUCUUCUUUGGGAGUUAUGGCUGGAAAGGAAAAUAUCGGUGGUGGCUAAUCAUUUACGAUCUUUGUUGUUCCAUUAACAAUCGGUGAGCUUAGGAAGGGGCCUCUUCUAAUAUUCCGUGUCGUUCACCAUCGCAAGAUUUUUACAUAAGUGCAAUGGAAUCCUCGGUAUCAGUUAUCGCUGUUUCGAUAUUGGAUUUUGCCCUUUGAUUGCUAAUACCUGUAAAUUCAUGUAAAUUGAGGACAUUUUAUUUAUAUUUCUUUUAUCUCUUCUGAUAAUAAAUUUGGUUAAAGCAAUAUCGUAAAUGGGAUAUUACUUUUGAGUAUAAGCUGUAGAGGCCUUUAUAGAAUACUAUUUUCUUGUUAUUCUCCCAACGUGGUGCAACAGAUAACUGUCAGUGGAUAUAUCUUGGUAAAGGCGACGACCGACCUCUAGUAUGCUUGAAGAUAACUGCCAACGGUGUCGCUUGGCAGUCAGAGAGAGAAAUACACACAUACACACAAUUGAUUGAGUAUGGAGACAACACCAAUAAAGCUCAGUUCUGUGUGAGGUUAAGCGCUGCCAGAUGAUGUUAUUUGAAUUUUUCUACAACCAAUUAACAGCAUCUUUACAACCUAUUGGUUGCUAAUUCCUUUUAAACGCGCGAGACCAACUUUACAUAUUAUUAUCAAUUGUGGGAUUAUACGAUGGUGACUACUUAAUUUUAUAGAUACACAAAUAAAAACGAAUAUUUAUAACUGUAUAUUGCUUUAUUAUUUUUCAAAAUAUUCUACAUUAAGAUCAAUACACUUUUGUGAUCAACACGCGUUAGAACCAAUUGUCGAAGCAUUUUUUCCAUUCGGAUUGAUGUAACUUCUAAACAUGUGCUUUAAACGCAUCAACUGGGUAUAGAAAAACGUUGACCUAGCAUUUUAUUUUUGAUCUGCGGAGAAAUAAUUGGGUGCCAAACAAUAUCUGUACGGCGGACGACCCAUAAAUUCAACGUCUUGAUUGCUUGAAAACGUUUUUGUUUGAACUGAUGUGUAAGAGCUCGCAUUGUCGUAGUGAAGAAUUUCUUUGCACAAAUCGACAGGGCUUUUUUUUGAACAAUUGUCAAAUUAUGCAGUGUCCAACGUUAACAAACUUUUAGUCAAUUGUUUAUGAAAUUAUCAAUGUAUGCGAGUGGAACUAAUGCCAAUAAAUAACACAGUUUACACACAGCAUCGAUGUUUUGUGGCACAACAGCUGAUUUUGGAUGACCUUCAUCCUGCGAAUACAUCCUGCUGUUGGAUCAAUCCACGUCGAAAGUCAUAGAAAAUCAUCGCACGAAAAUGUAUAAUUUAAUUUUUUGACAAAGAUGAAUGUUUCUGCAGUAUCUGUAAACAACUAAAAUAGACAAUAAGACAACAAGAUAUUCCCAUUCACAAAACGUAAGUAGCAAUCCACAUAUCUUGAAUUUUUUCUGUACUCUAACUACAAAUUAGGUGUUUUUUGCUUCUAAUUAUGAUUCUACUGUUUACGUAAUAAAUAUCACAAAACAUCGAAAUUCUCUUAUUUUAGAAACAUGUGAAUUGUUCAAUUUCAGAUUUUAAAUGAAUGUAUUCAAGUUAUAAUGAAUCUAAGAUAUUUAUACUUAUCUUUUGGGAUUUUCUUUAAAUUUAGUUACUCCAGUUUUUUUCGAAAUUAAUAAGAAUCCCAUCUUUAAGAAAAUAACUAAAUUUGUUUAAUACUUGGAACUUCGAAAUUAUAUUUGUAUAAUUAUUAUGAAAAUUAUACACUGACAACCACUGUAAUUGCAAUUGAUUGGUUAAUAAAAGAAUAAUGGAAGAAUCGGUAGAUGAGAAAAUCUGACUCUGCUCGUAAUUAUAAAUAUCCAUAUGUAUUUUCUUAUAUAUUGUCUUAGUUAUUAAAAGUAGAUAAAACUGCCUAUUUUGUUCAUUAUAAGUUAUUGAACUAUUUUACAUUACUGUUUAUUGUAUUUCAAAAAAGUGCCAAUAUAUUUUUUUUUUCAUUUGCAGUACAAAAUUAAAAAUGUACACAAUAUUAUACCAAAUGAAUUACCAAAGGUAAUGAUAAAUAAAUUAUAUCCAAAGA